AUGCCAUUCAAACGGCCGAGGCCGAAUCCCACUCAAGGAGGUCCUAAUUCCGAGUCUUCGUCCUCCCGACCACUCCCCGCAAAGCAGACGAAGACAUCGACUGCGAAGGGGUUGCCCGACAUGAAGAUCUACAUAGUGCAGGCAAAGCUCGAUGCAGAGAGCAUCGCUACUCUAACAGGCCUGGCAGAACGCCAUUCUGGAGUCUGUAGGAAUGCUGAGGACGCCGAGGUCCUCAUCACGGCUGUGUCGAUGCGUCGACGCUUGGAGAGGCAUGUCCCAUGGGAGAUAGCGAGAACAAAAGCAGUUGUCACUCCGCAAUGGCUUCGCGACUCCAUCGAACACGGCGUACCCCUCCCGUGUGACGACUACGUUGCCAUCGGAGAUCUUCAUGAGACGACGGUACAGCACUGCCCGGAUUGCAACUGCAAACCAUGCGGGUGCUCAGACGACUCCCCUUCCCCAACGCCGCCCACUUCGCCUCGUCCUCGUACCGCAGAGCUCUCAUCCUCUCCCACCUCCCCAUCUGCUGCAUCAGUCCCUGAACCGGCGGAACGAUCCACUCUGGACUACACCUCGCGCUACGCAUGCCAGCGUCCGUCACCACUCGUCUGUGUAAACCAGAGUCUAGUCCGCGAGCUGGAUACCAUUCGACAUAGUAGAUGGUUGGAAGGGGAAGAUCGGAGCGCGCUGAGCUACGAGCGAGCCGCGUCCGUCAUCAAAGCAUACCCGCACAAGAUCCGGUCCCUCGCGCAAGUUGUGAAGUUGCCGUUCAUCGGCACAAAGAUCGGAGGACUGAUUGAGCAGUACCUCAAUACGGGCACGAUAUUAGAAGCAGAGACCAUCAAGGGGUCCGAGCGCUUCCAAACCCUCUCGUUGUUCGCGUCCAUCUAUGGCAUCGGGCCGUCGACUGCACGCCGUCUGUACCACCUCAAUCUCCGCACGCUCGAAGACCUUGAGAUUUACUACGGAGUAGAGCGCGAUGACGUUGGACGGCAGGGCCAGAUCGUGGAGGUGGAAGAAAAGCCCCAGCACCCGAGAUGGAUGCGCGGGCAGCGCGCAGCAGACGACGGGUUGGGCGAUAGCUGGAUACGGGUCGCGCUCGGGCUGCGGGAAGAUUUGGCGAAGAGGAUACCACGCGCGGAGGUAGAGGAAAUGGGUCGUGUUGUGAUCACAGAACUCAACAACCUCGAGCCGGGGUGUGUCUCGACAAUCGUCGGAGGAUAUCGACGCGGGAAGCGGGAGAGCAACGAUGUGGACAUAGUCUUUACGCAUCCCGACGCGUCGAAGGUGAAGGGACUGUGCAAGUCGUUAGUGCGACGGCUUCACGAACGUGUCUCGCUUCUCACCUCGUUUACAGACCUCUCCGGCUUCCACACACACGACCCGCUGCGCCUGCACCAUUGGGACAACUUAGAGAAGGCACUCACCGUGUUCAUCCUUCCUCCGACGUCGCCUUUCUACGACGGCACGCGACGGCGGCUCGACCUCAUCUUCGCCUUGCCUGAGGUUUACUGGACAGCUGUGAUCGGGUGGACAGGGUCCAUCAUGUUUCAGCGGGAUAUCCGGCAGUGGGCAAAGGACAAGCUGGGGAUGAAGUUCGACAGUUCUGGAAUCACGCGGCGGUACGAUUCCAAGGAAUUCUACCCCAAGACGGAGAAGGAAGUGUUUGAACUAUUAGGCCUGCAAUGGGUAGAUCCGACGUGGCGAAAUGCAGACUUGUAA